AAAUGACGGCAGUGACAUGCUAAGGACUACACAAGGGAUCCAGUCAGGAUACAUUCUACCCUCUGGAAUAUUGCUAUGGAACCAGAGACUGAAACUAAAGCCAGCACCUCCGUACGUACAUUGGACAAGCAUGCCCAGCUCAUCCUUGCACAGAUGAAUCAGAUGAGACAAAAGCUUGAGUUCUGUGAUGUGCAAAUACAGAUAGGCGACACAAGGUUUGGGGUACACAAGUUAGUACUGGCUGCAAGCAGCCCCUAUUUUGAAGCACUUCUGGCUGGUGGAAUGAAAGAGUCUUUGAUUGAUGUGGUACAGAUUCAAGGACUAGAACCAAAAAGUUUUCAACUGAUCUUGGAUUUUAUUUACACAGGUUCAGUAAAUAUCAGCACAGAGAAUGUUGAAGAGCUGAUGACUGCAGCAGAUAUGCUUCAGCUGAGCCAUGUGGUGGAGCUGUGCUGUGACUUUCUUACGGAGCAUACUGAACCAGCCAAUUGUAUAGGCUUCUUCCAGUUUGCAGAGCAUCUAGCCUGCCAUCCACUGCUUGAGUUUACUGAAAGUUAUAUCCACACACAUUUUACAGAGGUGCAGACUGGGGAUGAAUUUCCAACCCUGACUAAGGAUCAGCUUGUACAAAUUUUACAAAGCGAGGAGCUCUGCAUUGAAGAUGAAUACCAAGUUUUCUCUGCUGCAAUGACAUGGAUCCAGAAGGACAUUGUCACACGAAAGAGACAUGUUAUUGAAGUUUUGGAGCCAGUACGUUUUUCAUUAUUACCUCCAAAAAGACUUCAAAAAGCUAUUGAAGAUAUCACUGACUUCAGCCUUCGCGUAGCUCUGCAGACCCUCCUGAGAGAAUACUGUGAGCCCAGCCUUUCGCCAAAAGACAAAAAACUUUGCAACUUUCUGCAGACAUCUCGAGUUCGGCCACGCAGAAAAGCCCGGAAAUUUCUUUAUGCAAUUGGUGGGUACACUCGCUUGCUUGGUGGCCGUUGGAGUGACAGCAGAGCUUUAAGUUGUGUGGAACGCUUUGAUACCUUCAGUCAGUACUGGAGCACAGUGUCAUCUCUGCACCAAGCUCGAAGUGGGAUGAGUGUAGCAGUUUUGGAAGGGAGAAUCUAUGUGAUUGGAGGUGAAAAGGACUCCAUGAUUUUUGACUGUGUGGAAUGCUAUGACCCAGUGAGUAAACAGUGGGCAGCAGUGUCUUCCAUGAACCAGCCUAGAUGUGGUGUCGGAGUAUGUUCCUCUCAUGGAGCCAUUUAUGCCUUAGGAGGCUGGGUUGGAUCAGAAAUUGGAAACAGCAUUGAGCGCUUUUCACCUGAAGAGAAUGCUUGGCAAGUAGUAGGAAGCAUGGCUGUUCCUAGGUAUAACUUUGCUUGCUGUGAAAGGCAGGGUUUGAUCUAUGUUGUUGGAGGUAUCAGCCAUGAGGGUGUAGAGCUACGCUCAGCUGAAGUGUAUGAUCCCAUUACCAGACGCUGGAUGUCCUUGCCUCCCAUGGGAACCCGCCGAGCAUAUCUAGGUGUUGCCUGUUUAAAUGAUUGCCUGUAUGCAGUAGGCGGAGGAAACGAGAGUCAAGAUGCACUAAAUACAGUGGAGAAAUUCUCUUUUGAGGAGGAAAAGUGGGUGGAAGUAGCUCCAAUGAAGAUUCCAAGAUCAGGAGUAUCUGUGGUGUCUGUAAAUGGCCUCCUAUAUGCUGCUGGAGGACGCUCCACCAAGCAGAACUUUACAGCUCCUGUUACUACUGAUACAGUUGAAGUUUAUAACCCUCACACAGAUUCCUGGACUGAUAUUGGCAGCAUGAUUACAAGCCGCUGCGAGGGAGGACUUGCUGUGCUAUGACAACAAUAAGCAUAUAGGGGCAGAUUUAUCAAAAUAUGAGAUUAGAGCUCACCACUAGUGAUGUGCGGGUGGGUUCAGGCCAACUUUGGCACACCAGUUGUGGGUCACUGGCUUCUAGUUUUAUAGGUGCGCACCCACCUUGUCCCUUUUGUGACAGCAUCAGCAGGUUGGGUCUAUAAACAGAGGGGAGAAGCGGGUGUGGGCGAGUUCAGGUUGGCUGCGGGUUGAGUUUUUUUCGACACAGAAAAACUCACCUACUUAAUAUUCAUUCCUAUGGGAAAUGUGUAUUUAUCAAUGGGUGAAAGUUACAAUUCACCAUUUGAUAAAUAUGCUUUUAAAAAUCCCAUAGAAAUAAUAGAAAGUGGGUGAGUUUUGCUGCGGUAAACUCUAAUCUCACAUUUUGAUAACUAUGCCCCAUAGAGCUGACCUCUAUUUAAAUUGGUCUAACCACACCAAUUUCUUAGCACUUCCAUGAAGCUAACUUUUUAUCGAAUUUUCUCUAGCUGUUGAGUGUAGAAUAUUGCAUAAAAUGUAUUUUAUGUUGAUGUUUCAUGUGAGUUACAGAUUCCUUUCACACAAAAACUUCUAUUGCCCAAAAAUAUAUCUGGAAACUGGCAAUUAUAGGUGAAACUAAUACAAAUUAGUACACCUGAAACAAACUUAAAUCUGUGUGGCACAUUGCCAUUACAACUCAACACAAGCAGCCUUUGUCACUGGACUAGCACAAUGUAUAGCAACAGUUAAUGAUGCAGCAAUAUACUAUGCUAUCAGUGAAUGGGAGGCUGUUUUGAUAAAAUGGCAUUCAAUAAUUGUGAUUUAGUUUUAUAUACAUGUUCUGCUGUGUGUAUAUUAUAUAAUAAAGCACUUUAUAGAAUA